GUUAAUUACUUGAUCGAUCAGAAGGGCAAUGGAGAUGAACAUAAGAAGAUCGUUCACCAUUUUCUUCAAUUCUUUGGGUGUGCUUUUGCUUGCUUCAUUACUAGCGACAGGUGAAAAAGUUAUCACCCCUCAAAACAAGAUAAACUGCACGUACGCGGUUACCGUUGAAACGACAUGUAUCAAAGGAGCUGAAACGAGAAGCCCCAUCAGCGUAAGAUUCGGCGACACGAAUAAGAAUGACGUUUUGAUUAAGCAUCUGAACUCCAAACACGUAAGAAAGGUUGACCCUUUGGAGCCUGAGGUCCUUGACGAUGUGCCUCGAAGACCAUUUCAGGCCUGCAUGGUUGACCAGUUCCACGUGGAGGGUCAAUGCGUUGACUCCCCCAUAUGCUAUUUGUAUCUCAAAUUGUCUGGCAAUGAUGAUUGGAGACCUGGCUAUGUACAAGUUAGGACAUUGGAAUUAGGGUACAAUAAUCUCAAUUCCGAUUUCUUCUACUUUCGUAGGUACUUACCCAGAAAGGUUUGGCAUGGAAUUGAUUUAUGUGAUAAAGAUAAUGUCACUCCUUUUGGGAUUAAGCCUAGAAGGAAAAUAUUUGUAAACAAAAGUAGCACUAAUUAAAAAUUUGUAAUGAAUAUCGUUUAAUUUGAUAAAUAUGUCAUAUAUGGAUUUAGUGCGUUCAA